UGAUACAAACACUUCCAGACAUGGGUCAGCUGUCAGAAGUUAGCAGAAGUUAGUUAUGAACAAAACAACCGGAGAGAAGAAACGGCCACCCCCCGUUAAAGUGUUGUCCGGUCAGCUGAGGACGGCGGCCGACAGCGGGGAUGGAUGGAGUAUCAAGCUGGGAAAGGGUCGCUCUCUUGCGGUCUCACUGGUGUGGAUGCAGGGGACGGUGGUCGAGGUCCAGAUAGACAGAAACACCGUCCUGCUGAUGGAUGAGACGGGAACGUUUGGUGUUCAAGGCGUCAACAGCAUCCCAAAAGGAAAACCAUGUUUGUCCCAAGGCAAAUAUGUCAUGGUGAUGGGUGUCAUCCUGGCCGUCUCCCCGGAGCCAGUCAUCCGUGCCGUGAAGAUGGCAGACCUCUCGGAGCUCGCCGCACUUCACAGGCGGAUGUGGAAGCUGGAGGUGGAGGAGCUACAGCAGCUGUUGGCGUGAAUGCAGAGAGAACAACGUGCUGCUGUGGAGCGUGUCCCUCUCUCUGU